ACAUUAUUGUUAUUUACACUUACAUAUCUGUAUUUAUAGGAUUCUCCAAAUCUCUCACCACAUAUACUUCACUUCAGCAUAUAUUAUUUUCUCCUCACAUUUUUUGAAGAAAAAAUAAAGAGAAAGAAAAAGAAAAAGAACCAUGUUUUGUAUAUUGGUUCUUCUUUGCAUGUUGAGCAAUGUAUAUGGGAAGUUGAUCAAUGAUGUAAAUCAGUUGGGAACUAACGGCUGUGAUCUCUUCCAAGGACGUUGGGUUUAUGAUGAUGAUUCUGAUUAUCCUCUUUAUGAUUCAUCGGUAUGUCCAUUCAUUGAAAAACAGUUCGAUUGUUUAAAGAAUGGAAGGCCAGAUAAAGAUUAUCUCAAAUAUAGAUGGCAGCCCAGUGAGUGCAAUUUACCCAGGUUUAAUGCUACAGAAUUUCAAAACAAAUUAAAGGGGAAGCAGAUGAUGUUUGUAGGAGAUUCAAUAAGUCUUAAUCAAUGGCAGUCUCUCACAUGUAUGCUUCAUGCUGCGGAUCCACAAGCUAAAUAUAUCUCCAGAAGGAUUGGAGACACUUCUAUUUUCACCUUCCCGAAAUACAACACAUCAUACCUGAUGUUUCGAAAUGCUUUUAUGGUAGACAUUACAACAGAGAACAACGGGACACGAGUUUUAAAGCUUGAUUCUCUCAGUUCUGCUGCUCAGUGGAAAGAAAUGGAUGUCCUCAUCUUUGAUUCUUGGCAUUGGUGGCUUCACACUGGCAGGAAACAACCCUGGGAUCUUGUUCAAGAUGGAAACUCUACAUACAAAGACGGACCACGAUUAACCCUAUAUGAGAAAGCACUGAAUACAUGGGCAAAAUGGGUAGAUUCUGAAGUAGACACCACAAAAACCAAAAUAUUUUUCCAAGGAGUUUCUCCUGACCAUGACAACCCCGCGAGUUCGGGUUCAAACACGUGUCAAGGCGUAACGCAGCCUUUGAAGAGUACAGAAAGAGUUCAUGAAGAAGAAUUGGUACUGGAGAAAGUACUGAAAGGGAUGAAUAAAUCAGUUUAUUUAUUGAACAUAACAAAGUUGUCACAGUACAGAGCGGAUGGUCAUCCUUCAGUUUUUGGUCAUGGUGGACAUAAGGACUUGGACUGUACACAUUGGUGUUUGGCUGGUGUUAUUGAUACUUGGAAUAUACUCUUAAAUGCACUUCUUGGUUAAUUAAUCAAAAUAUUAACCUUUUGGUUUUUCUAUUUUUAUAUUUGGUGAUUGUCCUGUAUUAUGUUUUCAUUAUAUGCUGAAUAUAAGGAGGUUGGCACUGUAUUUUUGGGCAUAGAAAUGAAAGAUUUAUGUAUAAUUUA